AGUUCGUCAUUGGUAAGUGUCCCGAAAGCAUCGUUAAAGUUUCGAGUGUCAAACAACGCAACAAAUACUCGUGAUUUCUCGUUAUUUUAUUUAUUUUCCGUAUAUAAAUAAUGAGAAUUAGCAAAGAGAUUGACAUUUAUCAAAACAAAGAUGUCGUCUCGACGCGAAAAGGACGUAACAAAAAAGAGAAGACGAUGUACACUUGCAGUGGUUGUAAAUACGAAAGUCCACGACAAUACAACGUGCAAAGGCACAACGAAAGGAUUCAUUUGAGGCAAAAAUUAAACAUUUGUUGUGGCGAGACUUUCUUCACCAAGGGGGACUAUUACGUCCACUGCGAGCUGUGCCAUCCAGAGUCACGAACUCACGCGAUCACAUCCAGGACCAAGUACAAAAUCGUGAACAACGACGUGUUGCCGGCCGAUCAACACUGUUCGAAAUGGCCGAGGCAAAUAAUGGGGAAAUCGUACAACAUGAGAUUGAGAUCGUCGAACAGUAUCCGUAAGAACGAUCGCGUAGAAGAGUUGAGAACGAAAGUAAGCUACGAGUAUUCGGUGAGUUGCAGAGAGUUCGAUAUAGAGAACAUACCUUUGAUAAGUUUCAUCACCGAUCCACGAUUGAAGUCCCAAUGGCUGGAGCGCUUGUCCACCGCCUCGAGUGCGAUCGACAAAGCGGAGCCGGAGAAGGGCGAGGCGGGUGAAGAGACGGUGAAGAUCGAGAUCUCGUCCGAGCAAAACAUCGAAAAGACAGUGUCCACGAACGAGGAGGAGAACGUGAAACGGACCAAAGUUUCCGACUCCACUGUUUCGUCCUUCUCGCUCGAGUUACCCGCGAAGAAGCUUAUUUUGCACCGGUUCAGAUCGAGCGUGCGCGAAUUCGAGAUCCCUUUGCGAGAACAGAACGGGGGCGUCAAUAGUAAUAACGGUCAAAGGGAAUCGGCGGAGAGAACGGUUAAAAGUGUCAUCCCCGCCGCGCGGCAGAGAAGAAGGGAUAGGGGGUGCAAACGCGGGGGUAGCAAUAAGGAGAAUUUAUCGAAUUUUUCGUUCAGUAUGGAGCAACAGUUGAAUAUUAAGUUGGAUACGGGGAUCACGGUGCCAAUGGCCACCCAAGUGCACAGAGAUUUCCUGGCAGCUAUCGAUUUUGACAAAUUUAAAAUAUUUUGAGAUUUUUUUGAGGGAGCUUGAGAAGACCAAGUUGGAGAAUGACCAAAGAUGUUUUCAAGAAAGUAUUUAUUUUUAUACCAAAGAGAAUGAAUAAGAUUAGUACUGAAAUGGAUGUGAUACAAUUAUAUAUAUAUAUAUCUAAUAAACAAUAAUUAAUAAGUUAUAUUAUAAGAUAUAAAUAAUAUAAAUAUAAAUAUAAAUAUAUAUACAUAUAUUUUUUUUAUAAGUCUCGUUCGAAGCAAUAAAUGGAUGAAUCUUUUUCAACGAUAAAUGUAAUCUUUCAAAUAGUUUCUAUUCACGAAUCACGUAACUCCGUUAUUAUUUUAAUAAAGUGCACUUUAAGACUG